GACUCAGGAGAAAGUAAUUUAACCGCCACUCCCAAUAUUUCGUUCCACAAGAUGGAAUAUAAAAUCGUGCUCUCAGCCCUUCUGGGUCUUAUCAUUGUUGUGUCUCUACUGGCAAACAUCUUGGUUUGUUUGGUCAUACUAAGCAGCAGGACUCUGCGGCAAUCCAAUGACGCGUGCUUCGUAUUAUCUGUCGCAGUUUCCGAUCUCUUAACCACCUGUUUGGUCAUACCCUUUGAUCUGGAACUCAUCGUUUCAGACAGCACUGAAUGGAGACAUGGAGAAAUCAUGUGUAAUGUUUUCACCACUGCAUACCUUCUCACGGUUCCUACAUCUAUUCUUAGCCUUUUGGCUUUGAUUGUUUACAGAUACAUUAAACUUAAGAACCCCCUCGAUCAUCUAAAGCUAUCACCACUGAUAACCAAGCGACGUGUCAUGGCCAUCACCAUUCUCCUUUGGAUUUACUCAAUGCUUUUCGCGCUCACCCCAGUCUUCACGUCGAAAGCUAUCGGGGAACAAACGAGAGUCAAAAAUGGAUUUUGUUAUUUCACAUUUUCUUGGAUAUAUUCAUUUGUGAGUAACAUAAUAAAUUUUCUGAUCCCGGUCUUGUCAUCUUGCCUGAUUCACUACAAAAUAUACUGCAUCGCCAUCAAGUCCUACGUUUCGUUUCCAAAGACCGUAAGAUUUGAACAACGACAAUUUGGUGCUGACAAAAUAGGUAAGUUUGUAGUUUAAAUUCAAAUGAACAUUUUGCUGAUUUUGCAUCGGUCAGUUAUUUGCAAUUGCCACUAAGCAGCCGCAAUAGUCACAAGGCUUGCAGAAUUUCAUUCCUUCAAAAAACUGAGACAUGAAAAAACUGGAUCCAAAACCAUGAUUUUCGUCGAUUCAGCAUGACCAGUAUUCUCUCUUGGCAUGACAUGAUAGCACUCAAACUAGCAAGUGAAUUUUAAUUGAAUAUUGUUUCAUCAAACUGACCCAAUAAGUGCAAGCACUCUGGCCAAUCAGCGAAACUCACAAAUUUCCCUCCAAUGAAAAACUUAAAACUAAAAGCAUAGUGGGGGGACGGGGCGGGGUAAGCGCGCAAAGAAAAGUCACAAACGAGUAACAAUUGUUUUGCUUCUGCUUUUUAUUGGCUGAGUGUUGCGCGUGUUCAUUAGCUAAAAAGUGGCUGAUUUAAUGCCUAGACCUCAUUUCGGACGGAACCAUUCGUUGUUUCCCGGAGAAUUUUUUUUCGCGAUUCAUCCUUUAUUUUAUUCAGCCACUCUCAGUUUUUCGUGCUGUCUUUUAAGAUUUUUUAGACAGGAGACAGUUUACUUUAUACAGUCUCCCUCGACGGACUUAGGUCAAGAUGUUUUCAACUUAACUUAAACUGUAGAGGGGAAAGAAACCUUAAUACCCCGUUAACGGCCAAUUCAGUUUUUGAAGGAACAGUUUUACAAUUUUACUGAUAUAUCAUCAAUUGGAUCCAUUUUUGUAUUUCUAACCACCCCCCACCCCACCCCCCCAAAAAGAAGGUUAUGGUCCAUCCUUUGAUCUAGAAGAGGACGAAGAGCAAUGCAUGCUACUUGCUCUCGUAACGUAACCUAUGUUUAUCAAUAAAUAUAGGGCCGACUGACUUGGAGAACACGGAAGAGGAAACCACAUUCGAAGAACAGGGACAUUCUUUCGCAUCACCUUUAGGGCAAAACCCCUUCAAUUGUAACCAAGCGCAAGAUAGAAGAUCUGCGACAGCCAUAUCACAGCAAAAAGAUACAUUGAGAAACAAUAUGGCCGCCAAAACCACCUUCAUGAUUGUGUUUGCGUUCGCUUUCUGUUGGCUCCCAUAUACGCUAUUAAGCAUGACUGUGACUGUUUGCAAAGCCUGUUACUUUAAGAUCCCCUAUCAAGUCUUCGACAUUUUUCUUAUGAUGGGAUACUUCAACUCCACUAUUAACCCUCUACUAUACAGUUUUCGUACUCCCAGGUUCAAGAAGGCCUUCAGAGGGAUGAUUAGGAACAAGUGCAAAAUAUGUAAAAAUGGGAAAAAGAACCGCUGUCUACCCCGGUCUGAUAACUCUCCUCUUGCAGCGCUAAGCCUUACCAACUUAGGAGUAAGAGAAAUUAGAGGACUGACUUGA